GCCGCCCCGCUGAGUUUAGUCCUCGCAGCGGGCGGGAAACGAGCGGCCCUGUAAGCUCCUGAGAUUCCUAUAUCCAGCGCCAUGGCAGUCCCAGGUUGCAACAAAGAUAGUGUUCGUGCAGGCUGUAAAAAAUGUGGCUACCCUGGUCACCUGACUUUUGAAUGCCGCAAUUUUCUGCGAGUAGACCCUAAAAGGGAUAUAGUUUUGGAUGUCAGCAGCACCAGCAGUGAAGAGAGUGAUGAAGAAAAUGAAGAACUGAAUAAAUUGCAAGCACUGCAAGAAAAAAGAAUAAAUGAAGAAGAAGAGAAGAAAAAAGAAAAAAGCAAAGAAAAAAUCAAGUUGAAGAAAAAAAGAAAACGGUCUUACUCAUCCAGUUCCACUGAAGAGGAAAUCUCAAGACAAAAGAAGCAGAAAUAUCAGAAGAAAGAAAAGAAGAAAGAAAAAAAGACUAAGUCAAAAAAAGGGAAGCAUCACAAGAAGGACAAAAAGAAGAGAAAAAAGGAAAGGCAUUCUUCUACGCCUAAUAGUUCUGAAAUUUCCAGAAAGUAACUAAGACUUUGGCCUGUGCCAUUCAGUUUGAAAUUUUCAUCUUAAAAAUUUUUUUACCUUCCUUGGAAUUUGCUAUAUAAUUAUGCUUUGCAAUAAAUCAUUCUUUCCAUAUAAAUAUUUUUUCAUAUAUGGAACCAUU